GUUUCAUCAGAACUUUGAUCUUUGCGGAAGUGAUCCAUAGUAAACUUGUAUCCUCAAAUGAUGAUAAUUUCGUGAUCGAAACAUGUUCUAACAAUGUCGUCACUGUUGAGCACUGGCUCAAAGCCUGUCCUACAUGUUGUGGUGAUUGGAUUUCAUCACAAGAAAGGCUGUCAGGUUGAAUACUCAUAUCCUCCCCUUAAAGCAGGAGGUGAAGUUAACAGUAAUGAAUGCCCUCCUGAGUGGAAAAACCUGCCAUCACUGGCAGUACCUGAUGGGGCACAUAAUUAUAUAAAAGAUACUAUAUACUUCCAUCUACCAGCAAGAGAAGGUACACAUAGGACAGUGUAUGGUGUUGCAUGCUACAGGCAGAUUGAUGCAAAGGAGUUGAAAAUAAAGACAGAUGAUAUUACUCGCAGUACAGUACAGAAAAGUGUUUGUGUGUUGAGUAACUUGCCAUUAUAUGGAUUGAUACAAGCCAAACUGGAGCUGAUCACACAUGCUUAUUUUCAAGAGUUGGACUUUAGUAGAGUGUCACUUUUGGAAGAGACAUACAACAAUCUUAAUGCUUCACUUACAGAAAGCCUCCUAGAUGGAGGAUCUCAGGUAUACCUUGGGAUGGAUGUGAAGGAUUUAGUACAGACAUUUAAACACAAAGUUCUAGUUUUGUUCAAACUCAUUAUGCUGGAAAGAAGGGUGUUGUUUACAGGGUCACCAGUGGAAAAGUUAGGAAACACAAUUUUAUCUGUUCUCUCCCUUUAUCCAGGUAUGAUAGAGCAUGGUUUAGUAGAGAGUACAGCAUAUGGUGUACAUAAACAGAUAUCACCAACCAUAGCUACUACCAAUAUUGACUGUGAUUCCGAAGAUUUCCUUGAAAUCAGAUAUUCUGAAGAUACUCGCCCUGAAGUUGACCAGUUCUACAGUAACGAACCAGAAUCACCGACAAUUGACAGAGGGGGAGAAAAGCUUUUCCGAAAUAAUAAUACUUUAAACACUUAUUUAUCUAGUCAUCCAAACUCUACUGUGACACAAAGUGCCAAUGAUAGUAACAAAAACACGAUGGUUAGCACUCAUGGGAAUUGUGUAAAUACGAAAACCUCUUCUGGUACAGAAAAUGAAGAAACUUUUCAUUAUGUUGAUGAUUAUUAUGCAAAGGAUGGGUUAGGUAAAGUUCAAAAAGUGAUUGGAAACAGUGAUCUAGGGGUUGUAAAACAUAAACAUUCAAAUGAGAAGGUCAAAGUUCACAGACAAAUGAGUGAUACAACAGGCGGUAAAGUUAAAGUUCAUGGCAAUACAAGUGAUACUGGAAAAGAAACUGCUCGUAGACAGUUGAGUGAUAGUGAAGGGGGAAGAGUUAAACUUAAUGGACAUUCACUGGAGAAAAGUGACAAAGAGAAGGUUUUACAGGCUAGUGGUUCACAGCAACAUGUUGUGAUGACAGGAAGUACAGAUGUUAUGUUAGGUCUUGCACAUUAUGAAGCUGUACAGGCAGGUAAAAACAUUCCAAAGAAUGGUUCUGUGAUUGACAUUGAGCAUUGCUCAUUAGAGUUAAAAGAAGACUAUUUUAGUAGCACCAGUCCAACAGAAGGUCCUAUACCAACCCCUGAUCCUGGUAAACUCGAACUUAUUACGCCUGUGUCAAGCUCUGGACAACGUGGUAAAAAUUUAGGUCAAACCAAUAGCUUGAUUCAUUCAGAAAAGGAAAUUAUCACCUCUAAAGUAUCUAGUGAGAAAGUUGAUGAACUAGACUCUCCAGAAAGUAUAAACCAGAUUGAUCGAGAAGAUUGUUUCUCCUGGGAGGAUGACAAACUAUCACUUACAAUAGAUACUGAUAAAACAGAUCAUAGAUUAGAUGAAAUGGCAGGUCUUGCUUCAUCAUUCAAGGAGAUAUCUGUACUAGAACAUUUACCGGUGACCGAGGUUGAGGGAAGUAAAGCAGGAACUGAUGAUCUCAUGUCUAAACAGACAGAAGACAUGAAUAUAAGUAAUGUAUCUAGUCCAGGUGUUAAAGCUGCAGCCAUAAAGAGCAGACUGACAAAUGCUUUUGGUGGAUUUAGUCUGAAAGGUAAACUUCGUAAGUCAGUGUCUAGAGAUUCUAAUGAACCAUCUACACCCGGAUCACGAGGAUCCAGCACGCCAUCAUCUCCAAUAUUAUCUGCCCUUCCAGUCCUACAACAAGAUGAACUAGGAUUUCCAUUGGCUAUUUUCACCAAGGGGUGUGUGUGUUUUCCAUAUUUGUCCCUACAGUACUUUGACCUGUUAAAUGAUGUUAAUAUUCGAAGUUUUGUGAUUGGUGCUACAAAUAUGUUGUUCCGUCAUAAAAGACACCUAACUGAUGUUGUUGUUGAUGUUAGUGAGUACAAAGUAGACAUGCAUGACAGAGAGUUACAGAAACAACUUGUGUUAACAACUGCAGACCUUCGAUUUACUGAUAUACUUGUAAAGGGUGUCACUGGGGGAACAGAAGAUAACUAUUUUGAAGGAACAGAAUGGGAAGGAAAUGAUGAGUGGCUAAGAGCUCAGUUUAGACUGUACCUAGAGGGGAUGCUAGCUGCUGUUCUAACAGAUGAUCCUAAACUGAUAGAAGAUUUUGGAGUGUCAUUCAUACAGUGUUGGAAAACAACUCACAACUACAAGGUUUGGUCAAGCCUGGCACAUCAAAGAUUUGAGGAUAUCCCAGCAGGUCACCCUUGUCAAGGUCAUCUUAGCAUGGCUGAUAUUAAAAAUAGAUUUUCACACACUAUGAACAACACAGAAGGUGGGAAGAAAAUCAAUGCAGCUGUGUCAACAACUGGUAAAUAUGUCGUCCAGACUGGCAAAGCUGUUGGAGGGGCAUUAACUCAAGCCAAGUCUUCAUUGUCUUCAUGGUUCUCUAACUGGAAGUCUUCAAAUGAUAAAGAAACAAAAGAUUCAGGAGAAAUACAAUCCUAAUGUUCCAGGGCAAGAUACAAUCCUAAUGUUCCAGGGCAAGAUAGUAAAAAUGAUUUCAAGAUUAUAGAUGGAGUCCUGAAUACUACCUGAUAAUCAAUACAUGAUAAUUACUAUGAAAUAAUAUCAAUAGUGAAAAUGUAUACUAGUAUUGAUCAUGGAAGUUCAUCUUUAUUGUGAAAAUGAUAUCAGAAGAAUUUUUAAUGGGCAGUUAUUCCCCAGUUAUGCUCUGGUAAAUAAAUGUGCUUAAUAAAAUUGCACUGUCAAUAUGUCAUUUAGGUAUAUUCUGUAACCAGCACAAGAAGGUAAUUUUUUGUUUUACAAGAUUUUUGUCCUUGCUACAUAUGUCAAGUUCUUACUUUAGUUAAUUUAUUAUGAAGAUCUAUAUACAUGAAUAUGUAAAUAUGUACAUCCGGACUGUUAUUGUUUAUUCAUCAAAGGAUAUUCAGAUUAUUUCACAAAUGCUGGGUAAGAGAUGAAGAAAAUAUAUUACAUCAGGAAGUCAAAGGUCAAGGUUGUACUUAGAUGAUAAAAUAUGAUUUGACAAUUGUCAUUGAACUAUUAUAAUAGAUUAAACCUCACAUUCAAAGUUCAAAGUUCUUAGUGAGAUUAAAACCUACAGUGAGGGACAAGUGGUUUGAGAACAAUCACAUUAAAGUGUUAUACAUGUAAUUUUAGAUUGUUAAACAUGCGUUUGUAAGCAUGACUUAUCUACUCUUUAUAAUUACAAUCGAAGAUGGUAUGAUACUAAUCAUGUGAUGUUUAGUAUAGAAAACUUUUUGUGUGAUAAAAUUGUUGUAGUGUCAUCACAUCAUAUAUAUGAUAGUUGUAAAAAUUUGCUUCUCUAUGUCUGCUGGGUUUUUUUUACAUAAAAUGAUUUUACUAUAUGUGGUAGUUUUGCAAUGAACUUGUUGUGAGAUUAUGUAGAUAUUAAAGAUUUCAUUCAGUGAUAGUUAAAGGAUAGAGAAAUCCUUGUUUGGCCUUGAUGUGAAACAUCCUGAACUUAGAGUAACAUUUAACCUGGAAGGUUAUAAACAAACGUGCAAUGUUAAUAUGUGUAUGUUCAUACUUAUUCUUUAUUGUUCAUUGUGCAAUCCAUUGUUUAUGUAUACUAUUUACUUAUGCAAAUUGAUUUAUGUUUUGUAUAUGUAUUGUCAACAUAACAUUGUUCUGUAUUUCUUUUCUGUUGUUACUGAUAUUCGUAGUUUAGAUAAGUUAGAUACCCUGUUGUAUUUAGCUCGCUUGAACACAGAGAUUUGUGCCUACAUGAGCUGUUACCGUCACACACCCUUUGUUAACCACAUGUAACUAUCAGUCCUGUUUGGCACUAUAUGUUAUCAUUUUAUAGAAUUUUCUCCAUAACAAAUUUAAUAGGAGUGUUCAAUAGGUUUUCCUUAAUUUUUGAUUUUAUAAGACUCUUUCAUGUAAAGAUAGAGAUAAUCAGUUAUAUUUUAAGUGUUACAAUUAUCAACUUGGUUGUGUGUAAAGCUAUAACAAUGAAAAUGAGAUUGAUUUUGUCCCAGAUGAAAUGAUUACAAGUGUAUAUGCAAAUGAUAAAAAAUUGAUGCUAAAUACUUCACAGAGUAUUGAUAAAGUAACAUGUUUUGAAAUACUUGCGAUAAAGACACACAACUAAAAUAUAGAUGCAUUGGGUGGCUACACAGAUGUUUAUAUAAAUCCUGGUUGUUGUUUUAUAUGAAUUUAGAGACAUGGUCUAUUCAACUUUUGUUUGAAUAUUUUGUAAACAGAUAUUGUAAUUUAUUGCUAUCAUUUACUAGACAUUUUUAUUAGCAUAUUAAUAUAGGUUCUAUUGCCAUGGUAACAUGGAGGAAGUGUUAAUACAAUCUUCAUAGUUGCUAUAAAAUUUAAGCAUAAUAGAUUUUUUUUAAAUGUAUUUUACGUGUAUGUUAAAUAUUUGCUUUUAAUUCUAAGCAUCUAAGCAGGUAAAUUUACAAAUUACCAAUGACGAACACUGGUAAAAAUUAAUAAGAAAAGAUGUCCGGUUCAAGAGAAAAUAACAAUGCUGUGUACAACAUUUUGGGACAAAAUAACACUGUCUACAACAUAUACAACACAAUGAUAUAAUACAACACUCAUACAAAAGUUGUCUUGUCAGACACUUGUAUAACACAGCUCUGUGGUCUUGUAACAGUAAAGUAAUAAUAUUUUUGCCCUGUAUGAAGAUGUAUUCAUGUAAAAUAAAAACAAAUACAUGUUAACAUGAUUUUCUUAGAAAAUAAGAAAAAACUUUCUCGUGUAAAACAUUGUUUAUUGUUUUUUUUUUAAGAUAAGUGUAAAAUAAGAUACCAUCAUGUGAUGUUCGCUGUAAGUUACUGUUAUUUAUUGAGAUGUGUUUGAUUUUUUCUGUAGAUUCUACUUUCUGUCUAUUGACUGAUGUAGUUAAAAUGUUUUAAGUGUUUUAUUUAAUGAGUUUGUUAAGAAUUGUGAUACAUUAUGUUGAUAUAUAUUUAAUAUAUAUAAUUAUUAUAUGUUUAUUGUAAAUAUAAAAUGGGACAAGA